AUACUGAGGAGUCGCCAACGUCAAGCCAUUCAAAAGAAACGGCCAACCAUCCGCAAUCUACAGCUCCCGAGCUCCCGGCGCUAAUCAAGAACACAACUCGCGGACCAGAGCUCCAAUACCAUCACCACCACCACUGCUCAUCUAUAUCUAUAUAUAUAUAUACAUCUGUACUAAGACGAGCUCAGCAGGAACUGAUCACAGGCAGAAAUGUCGAACUGUCCAGGUGAAACAGGGAAGAAGUCGUGGCCGGAGCUGGUGGGCGUCGACGGAGAGGCGGCGGCGGCGGUAAUAAAAGCGCAGAACCCUAAAUUGAACGUGAUUGUUCUCAAAGAAGGGACUCCCGUCACCAGAGACCUCCGCUGCGAUCGUGUUCGCGUUUGGGUCGACGGCGCCGGCGACGUCGCAAGCCCGCCGCAGCUCGGCUGAUAUCAAAACACGACUUUGCUUUUAUAGAAACUAAAAGCGUGUUUUCUGUUCUGCAACUUAUAAGUCAAAGGUCCUGUAAUAAUGGAUUACGGUUUAUAAUAAAUUAUGCCAAGAUCGGACCUUUUCUUGAUUCUUA